GCUGGUUCAUUUUGUACACGAGGAAGAGCAAUAUCCUAGAAUUACAGCUGUGAAUACAGUGUUAAGAUAGCUAGCUAAAGUGUUAGACAAUUACAAUGUAUUAGCUAUCAAAACAUAAAUGUAAUGUUUGUGUUUAUGGUAACAUGCUGAUGGUUCUGAACUAAAAGGCAUUAGCUUUGACUGCCUUAACGGCAAGUUAUAUUUAGCCGUUAGCUGAUUAGCUUGCUAGUCAUCUGGUUAGCUAGCUGGACGUGUAGCUGGUUUAGCUAGCUGUCACCGGAUUGUUUUGUUCUUUGUAAAAGUAGCCGUUUCUCUUAUAACACAUGAGUGUGUCUCUGGUCGUUAUCCGAUUGGAAUUAGCCGCUCAGUCUCCUUCUCCAAAAGGUUUCCAGUACUCAGCUGUUGAAGGCAUGUCAGAUGAGGAACUACAGGAGAAAGCUCUGGGUGCAGCCAAACACACUCUGAGUGGAAAGACCGAUCUGGAAAGAGCAGCUGUACUGCACCAGCACAUCGGUAGCAGAGCCAUGGGGGACAUGGUUAUAGAAACCUUUGAGCCCAGCCCAGAUAAAGGAGGAGGUGAAGACCCCGGUGGAUCAGCAGAGCAGAACUGUGAAUCUCAGGCUGCUAAGCCUGAAGCAGACAGUCAGGAGGUCACUGAGGGUUCACAGGACAACAGUGAAGCAACAGGCGCUUCUCCUGACUCCCCCUCCAAGCAGCUGCCGGACCAGAUCUCUUUCUUCAGUGGCAACCCCUCAGUAGAGAUCAUCCAUGGUAUCAUGCACCUCUACAAGACCAACAAAAUGACGUCGCUGACUGAAGACGUAAGACGCAGCGCUAUGGUGUGCAUCCUGACUGUCCCAGCCACCAUGACGAGCCAUGACCUCAUGAAGCUUUUGGCACCGUUUAAUGAUGUCAUGGAGCAUAUGAAGAUCAUACGGGACUCUACCCCGAACCAGUACAUGGUUCUCAUUAAGUUCUGUACACAGGCAGACGCAGACAGUUUUUACACAGCGUGUAAUGGCCGCCAGUUCAACUCCAUAGAGGACGCAGUGUGCCAACUGAUCUAUGUGGAGCGGGCAGAGGUUAUAAAGUCCGAAGAGGGAGCCAGUCUGCCGGUGAUGGAGCUGACCGAGCUGCCAAAGUGCACUGUGUGCCUGGAGAGAAUGGACGAGUCCGUUAACGGCAUCCUCACUACUCUCUGCAACCACAGCUUUCACAGCCAGUGUCUCCAGCGGUGGGAAGAUGCCUCGUGUCCUGUAUGUAGGUACUGUCAAACACCAGAACCAGUUGAAGAGAACAAGUGCUUUGAGUGCGGAGUGCAGGAGAACCUGUGGAUUUGUUUGAUCUGCGGGCACAUCGGUUGUGGUCGCUACGUUAGCCGGCAUGCCUACAAGCACUUUGAGGAAACGCAGCAUACUUACGCUAUGCAGCUCACCAACCACCGUGUCUGGGACUACGCAGGAGAUAACUACGUGCAUCGGCUGGUGGCCAGUAAGACUGACGGGAAGAUGGUGCAGUAUGAAUGCGAGGGUCAGGGAGACAUCUGCCACGCUGAGAAAAUUGAUGCACUUCAACUAGAGUACUCGUACCUGCUGACGAGUCAGCUGGAGUCUCAAAGGAUUUACUGGGAGAAUAAGAUUGUUCACCUGGAGAAGGAGACAGCUGAGGAGAUAAACAACAUGAAGGCUAAAUUUAAGGAGACCCUGGAGCGCUGUGAUAACUUGGAGCGGCGGUUCGGCGAAAUGAGCAAAGAGAAGCAGGGCAUAGAGAAAAAGUGCACUCAGUUGAACGGUCGGGUGGUGAAGCUGAGCCAAGAGCUGAAGGACAUUUCCGUCCCUAUAGCCACACCGCUAGCAUGGCCUGUCUGGUGGACAAACUUUGUCAUAGCAGCUCUGUUUCUAAACUACCACCAGCUUACCUGUGGCAUUUCUGUACUGACAUUUCUUGUUACUUAUCAGCUGACACAUAUGUAGACACUGAUAUAUCUGUGAUAAGCUACCGUUUAUCAAUAAUAACGGGCGGACAGUAGGAGCGGAUUCACACGGGUGGAAUCUGAGAUGACCGCGUUAUUUAUUGCUUCAGCAGCCUCUAUGUUUGUGUUGUGGAGCAUUUCCCUGUAAGAUCUGAAAGUCUACGCCACUUUGCCACUUGAAGUGUUUCGCCAUCUUUGGUGUUGCUGGUUAGCACAGCAGCACAGGAUGUAAGUACAACUCCUCCCCAAGCUACAUCGCUUCGUCAGUGGGAUCAAUUUUGACUUAUCCCAUAUUUUUUUUAUCAUUAAUGAUUACGACAAUGAUGAUGGUAUAGCUUUUAUAGGUUUCUUCACUCUUUGCACAGGUUUUCUAAUGUUUGUAGGUCUAAAUGUUUAUUUCAAUCUCAUGUAUAGACAGGAAGUUCACACAGCUGUGUGGCGGCCACAACCUUAUUGUAUACAUUCUAUAGCAUAUUACGCAUUUGAGGUUGGAAGUAUGUCAAGCAAAAGGUUUUAACUAUUAUCUUGGUUUUACAAGUUAAGCGAGCUGUACAUCCAUCAGUAAUUGGUUGAUCAGCUGCAAUCAACAGGCAGACACCGUUAGAGAGCAGCUGGUGAACAUAGUGGAGCAUUUAGAAGCUAAAGAGCCAGAUAUUUCCCUCAGGAGUUGGUGAAGACAGAGCUAAAAGAGAGAGAAUAUUGGACUUAGUGAUAAUGUUGUUCCAUAACUACCGGAUGUUCACUAUAUCAACUUAAAAAGUGAUGAUAUGCCAAUGUUGUGUUCACAAAUUGUUUCCGCUGUUCCCCAAAUGGCCACAAACUCUGUUAAUAAAUCUUAUUCUUCAUUUGUGAAAGUUGCAGUAAACUCAUAGGGUAUGUUUUCCUUCUUUAAAUAUAUUUAACUUCUCUUUA